ACGUCGGGGGGUGCAGUGUGCUCACCCCUCCCCGGUAGAUUCGGUAGGCAGGAGUCACGUGACAUCUACUAACCCGCCUCCGCGGCCCGUACACCCGCACGGCGGUGCAGCGCAGUCGCCAUCGCCUUGGGCCGUACCACGGCAAGGAGACGGGGGAGGAGGGGGACGAAGGGGGAGUAGGAUAGGCCCGCCCCGCCUGUUGGGUUUUCCCGCCUCCGGGGCAACCGGUACUAACACAGGGCGGCCCUGGCCAGCGGCGAUGGCGCGUGAGUGAGAUACCGGCUCCAGCAAGGAGGUGCCGCUCGGUUCCCUCUUGGUGGCCAGACUUGGCGGCGGGCUGCGGUGGAGUGUGGACUGCUCAUAAGCUUUUGCCAUAGGAGAGAUAAACAAGGCUACUUCAAGCUUUUUAAGUGUAGUGCACUGUCACGCAGAUCCAGCCAUGCCUGCAGAAGGGAAAAGUGACCUGGAGAGGGUUGGCCUCUUCAGUGAAAUGAGCUAUAUUACCAUUGGAGAUAAAUAUGUAUCACAUUAUAUGCGCCCUUUUAAUGAAGCUGCAAGCAAGAACAAACAGAUGUUACCUGGUGGGUCCAAAACAAUGUCAGCUCUGCAGGCAGGUUAUUUUGAUCCUGAGUUUGUGAGAGUUUUCAAUGGUGAAGCCUACACAGACCCCGUCCAGCUAAGAAGACGCCAUAGAUUGGCAGAAUCAAAGAAAAAUUUGGGCAAAGCUUUUCUGCCCAGUAAUGGAGACAAAUGGCCAUGUGGGCUUGGCAGCUAUUAUGGAACCAUAGGAGGGUCGUAUCCAUACUUCAGUCCACAAGUAAGAGAAAAAGUAAGAUAUGUUUCUCCUGGAAAGAAUUUUUACACUAAUCCGGGAAAGAAAGGAACUGGAUACGGUUACGCAAACCUGACCAUAGGUGAACAAUAUGAGUAUUUACCGGAGGAGUAUGAUUUAGCAAGAAUAAUUGCAAAGAAAGCACAAGAGCAACAUAAGCAGUUGUUGAAAGGACGGCCUUUCAGGUUAAAUCUAUAUCCCCAGGAGUAUUUUGACAAGAAUCCCUAUUUUACUGACAAACCUUUGCCACCUAUGAAGAAGUCACCUUCAGAGAAGCGAGUUGCACUACCUUUCAUACCAAGUUCUCCUGCUAAAAAGGCAGGGGGCAUGAAAGGAGGCACAUUUGACCCUUACCCAAGUCAUUCUGCUGAGCCUUAUGUAGUUAAAGACACUAAGGGUGUCACAUCUGCUAGAGAACGACAGAUUUUUCAUCCUCCUCCUGGCCCAAAAAGCAGACCUGUUACAAGCAUAGUGACUUUAAAUGUCCAAAGAUCAUUAAAUGCAAAUAACUACAAGACUGCGCAGCUGACAUUUUUUUAGGUGCAAGAGGUGAAAUGCAGGGUACACUUUUUAUACUCUGAACUGUUAUCAAAGCUAUAAUAAAAUGUGGAAAGUGGGAUUCAGCUAUAUUGGGCAAUCCAGUCUGUUCAAUUAUUGGCAAUGUCAUCUUUUGUUUCUAAAUAUAAAGCUAUUAUUUAAGAUAAUUUAUUAAG